UCCUCAUCUUCAUCAUCAUCAUCGUCCUCCUCCUCCUCGUACGUUGGUCCUAACCGGAUCGCAGUGAAGUGCACACACCCACACACACACGCUUCAGGCUGGGUGGAUGCUGCUCAGGCACCAUGGAGCAAAAAGCAUCCAAGGAUGAAGGCACGUCCAGGGGACAAGAGUCCUACCAGCGGCGAAUGUGGAAGACUUUCCAGGAGAAAACCAAGCCGUGGCUCAGUCCCAAACUGGGCUCGGAGCGCCGCGCUAGCGGCGGAGCAGAGGGCACGAAGAAGGAGUCAGGACUGUGGAUGUUUAAGAGGAAAAAGAAACACUUGGACCGAGUGUUCUCUUCCUCGCAGCCCAAUCUUCGCUGCUCCUCUCCGCCGGACAAGCGCGGCGGAGGCGGACGCAUUGACGCGGCGGCCGGGACCAGCCGAGGAUCAGGAGGCGACAGGCAACAUCUCGGUGCGGCUUCCGGGAGCACGGGGAGCAAACCCGAGCUGACGGUUCACGGAAGCCCGAAGAUCCACGUCUCGCAGCUCAUCGCGUCCCAGCAGAAGAGCUCCUCGCUAGGCUCGGCGUGUUUUGAGAAGCUGGUGGUGGAUCCGAACGUGGUCCUGCAGGAGAAAGGGCAGCUGACGAAGAAGACAAGUGAUUUUGGCACCAGUAUCGUGGACCCUUGUAAUGCAGAGCCUGUGCCUCCCAGUCCAGCCAUGUACCAGCUGGAUAUUGUCUUGAAAAAAGGCAACAACCUGGCCAUCCGAGAUCGCACAGGUACCAGUGACCCAUAUGUCAAGUUCAAGAUUCAAGGGAAGGAGGUGUUCAGGAGUAAAACCAUCCAUAAGAACCUCAAUCCUGUGUGGGAUGAAAGAGCAAGUCUCCUGGUGGAAAGCCUGAGGGACCCGCUGUACGUCAAGGUUUUUGACUAUGACUUUGGACUCCAAGAUGACUUCAUGGGCUCGGCGUAUCUCUACUUGGAGUCUCUGGAACAUCAGAGGACACUGGAAGUUACCCUGGACCUAAAGGACCCGCAUUAUCCAGACCACAAUCUAGGCAGCUUGGACCUUUCCGUCACUUUAUCCCCGCGUGAGGGCGACAUGAGAGAUGCAACCAUGCUUUUGAGAAGGAACUGGAAACGAUCUAGUAAGUGUCAGAGUAUGCGCCUGUCGGAUGUACACCGAAAAGCUCAACUGUGGCGGGGCAUCGUCAGCAUCAGUCUGAUCGAAGGUCGCGGCCUCCAGCCCAUGGACGACAACGGCCGAAGUGACCCUUAUGUUAAAUUUAGGAUGGGCCACCAAAAGUACAAGAGCAAGACGAUUCCCAAAACGCUGAAUCCUCAAUGGAGAGAGCAGUUUGACUUCCACAUGUAUGAGGAGCAAGGAGGCUACGUGGACAUUACUGUCUGGGACAAAGAUGCUGGCAAGAAAGACGACUUCAUGGGAAAGUGUACAAUCGACUUGUCCCUCCUCAGUAAAGAACACACACACAAGCUGGAGUUGCUACUUGAGGAAGGCGAAGGCGUGCUGGUAAUGCUGGUGACGCUCACGGCCUCCGCUGCCGUCUCCAUCUCCGACAUGUCGGUCAACGUGCUGGACGACCCGCAUGAGCGACUGCAGAUCAAGCAGAGAUAUAGCUUGUGGAGGUCGUUGCGCAACCUGAAAGACGUCGGCGUGGUGCAAGUAAAAGUCAUCCGGGCUGAGGGCUUGAUGGCUGCAGAUGUCACAGGUAAGAGUGACCCAUUCUGUGUAGUGGAGCUGAGUAACGAUCGACUGCAGACUCACACCGUUUACAAAAACCUUAACCCGGAGUGGAACAAGGUCUUCACUUUUAACGUGAAGGACAUCCACACAGUGCUUGAGGUCACCGUCUACGACGAGGACCGAGACAGAAGCGCAGACUUCCUGGGGAAAGUGGCCAUUCCUUUACUCAAUAUCCAAAAUGGAGAACGCAAAGCCUACGCCUUGAAAAGCAAGGAGCUGACAGGGCCAACCAAAGGGGUCAUCUUUCUUGAAAUAGACGUCAUUUUUAACGCUGUGAAGGCUGGUCUCAGGACGUUGAUCCCCAUUGAGCAGAAGUAUAUUGAGGAGGAGCCCAGAGUGUCCAAACAGUUGCUGUUGCGCAACUUCAACAGAGUGAGGCGCUGCAUCAUGUUCAUCAUCAACACCGGUUAUUACAUCAACAGCUGCUUCGAAUGGGAAUCUCCCCAGAGGAGCAUCUGUGCCUUUGUGCUCUUUGUCGUCCUGGUGUGGAACUUUGAACUCUAUAUGAUUCCGCUGGCUUUGUUGCUACCCUUGGCCUGGAACUACAUUCUCAUCACGUCGGGCAAGGAUACGAGGCAAGAUGUGCAAGCAAUGGAGGAUCUGAUGGAGGACGAGGAUGAGGAUUUUGACAAAGAUGACAGGGAAACUAAACCAGAGGCCGGGGACGACAGCCAUGAUAAAUACCGUACCCUUGAGGAUUUGUUGUCUUCCUGGCACUUUGAGUGGAUUCUAGUAAUGGUGGACUCGGAGAGAAAGGGCUUCAUGAACAAGAUUUAUGCCAUUCAGGACGUGUGUAUCAGCGUGCAGAAUGCGCUGGAUGAAGUGGCCUCCUAUGGCGAGAGGAUAAAGAACACUUUUAAUUGGACUGUGCCUUUCCUAAGCUGGCUGGCCAUCGUCGCUCUUGGAAUGGCCACCGUCAUUGUUUACUUCAUCCCGCUCAGAUACAUUGUGCUAGCCUGGGGAGUGAAUAAAUUCACCAAGAAGCUGCGAGACCCUUACACCAUUGACAACAACGAGAUCUUGGACUUUUUGUCCCGAGUGCCCUCUGAUGUCCAAGUGGUGCAGUACCGAGAGCUGAAACUAGAUCCCAAUCCCAGUCCAAAUAAGAGGAAGAAAAACAACCCCGGGUAGAAGUCUUGCCUUGUGUCCAUUUCCUGUGUGCUGCUCCAUUACUGGACUCUAAGAAGAGCGAGGUGGGAGCCGCUCGGAACCCAACGUGGCCAUUAAAGGCGCCUAAUGUUUAAUUUUGGAAACAAAAAAGAAAUUCUUAUCCCCAUUUGGCUAAAAACAAAAGAUGGUAGAGGAUGGAUCUGUAAGUACAUCAUUUCCAGGUCCUCCUCCUAUCACACUAAUUCUACAUUUCAUGCACCAAAAAACAAAAGUCUUCUUGCAUUGUUGAAGUGCCACUCAAAUAAUUCAUGUUGUCUUCCUGCGAUACGGAUGGCAGCCUUUUGGAUUGAACGAUCCAGAACGCUAUCACAUUGUUUUUCUACACAAACGUACACAGAACGUGUUUUUAAAUGCUUUUAAAUGCAGUUUGACUUCAAAACGCAGCAAUGUCGCAAAUGUUUUCGUGAUGUAUUUAUUUAUUUAUUUUUUAUUUAUGACACAUUACUGAGGGUUCGGGCUCACAAUCUUUGUAUCAAAUUCAUCCAAGCACUGGGCAGCAGAAGAAAGGACAUUCACCAAAGUUAUAUAGUUGUCUGAAAUGUCUUGAAUGGUUAUGAUUGAAGGAUUGUAAGCCUACUCGGGCUGGUUCACAAAAACAGUCACGCAGAGAAACACAGACUGUGCGUGAUGCCAUGCCCCAGGCCGCCCUCGCCAUCCGCCCCGUCUCAAACGCUGAUCUGAGAAGCGUGUGUGAGCCAGGGUUUUGUGUGUUUACGGAAUCAAAGCCAAGGUGGCUUUUUCACCGCUCUUGUCGUGUUUCCAUUUGAUGUCCCCCCUGCAGCUGCGUAGCUGUUGCUGUCUCCAUCAUGAUUCCAUGGUGCCGUUUGGAUGAAUUAAAAAAAAAAAAAGAAGGAAGGAAUUGUGAGCCGGGCCCUUUCAUAAAUAUGUUCCGAAUACGCGUGCCCACUCAUUUCUGGAUUUAGUUUACGACGGUUUUUGAACAUUUGCAAGCAAACCAAAGUGUUUGUCAUUAGCAUUUCCAAGCUAUAAAUCAGGGGUGUCCAAACUUUGACGCGGGGGCUACUUGCGUCCCGCUAUCCAUUUUCCUGUGGCAAAUAAUGCUAAAUAAAUGUGCAGAAGAAAUUGCUUGUGAAUACUGAAAAUUUUAACGCAAGUGAAAAGAAGAGGGAGAAUUAAAUUGAAUUUUUUUUUUUUAAAGAAUACGUCAUAUCGAUAACUUGUUCAUGGAGAUAUUAAAAAGAUACAAAUUCAAAUUAGCAAUUUAAAUUAGUUAUGUUUCAAACUAAGGUUAUUCCCACAUCUUUCCAUGUUUGCGGCUUUUGGAAGGAAAUGCUUGGACACCCCUGCUACAAAUGAAUGUAUCAGACUGUAAAGAGGAAAAGUUGUUUGCACCCACUUGAAUUGAGACUACUUAUUUUUUAACUCUGUGUACAUAGCUUAGUCCUUAAUAAAUAAAUGAUGGUUGUAUUUUAUACCGUAUGCUUGUUGAUGGUUUGCCGUUGGCGCUGUAAAGUAUCUGUAUGCCUGCCUCAUUUUCUAAGAUGUCUUUUCUCGUGUGCGUCUGCCUGCAAUGUUUGUGCCUGCCUGCCUGCGACAUCACUGUCAUGUGUUCAAUCUGUGACAUCAUGUGACCAACUGCAGAAGCUCAGGUGGAUUGGCUCACAUCCUGUCGCGCCCAAAUGAAAUGCAACUGAUGUAUGUUGAAGAAAACAAAAAUACGACAAUAAAAUAGUUUAUAUCUUUA